CGACAUAACCCGCACUCCUCGUCUUCUCAAGUCGACACUCCGCCGCUCCGACAUAGGCGCAUGGACGCCGGAGCUGCCCUGCGCCGCGCGUCCUCCGCCGCCGCUGCAGCUGCCUCUUCUGCUGCUCCCUUCUGCCUCACGCAGAAUCCCUGCCUCCCGAAUCUCUCCUCUUUCUCCCCAAAAAUCGUUUCUUCUUCCUCCCGCCGCAUCUCCUGCUCGCGCCCACCCCCUCCCUCCUAGCGUUGAUGGAAGAAGCGUGGCCGGCCCUCGGCCCGGCGGUCGGCGACGCGGCCCUCCGCCCCCGCCUCCCCCCGGCACCUGUGGCGUGGGGCGUGGCCGUGAUGGCGCGGCGGGAGACGGUGCCUAAGGAGUCGUCCGCGCAGGCGGUGAGCCGGAUCGUGUCCAGCUGCGCCAACUCGACCGGCCUGGCACCCGUCCUCCCGUCGUCGACGCCAACGCCGUCAUCUCGCUCGCCUCCACCGCGGGCCUGCUGGUCACGAUGCCAGAGGUGCUCGAGGAGGUGCGCGACGCCGCAGCGCUCUGGAGGCUCGCGCUCCUGCCCACCCCCGUCGAGACCAUCGAGCAAGAGAGAUCGAAUGUUUACUUUAGCCGGCCCAGACCCUCGUAUUGCUGCUUUCAUUUGCUGAAUAGAGCUUAAACUCUGCACUUUCAUGGACUGAAGUUCAUUUUUCUUGAUGCUCUCUGCAUUGCUGUAUUCAGUAGGGCCAGCUCGAACCGUGUGCACCAGGAAGAAGGCUAGCUCGAACAUUGUUUGGUGAAGCAAGCAGCUGAGCUGGUUUUGUUCUUGUCGCCUUGGAUUGUGCAGCGAUUGGAGGAGGACUUGGUGCAGAGGAAUGGAGUGCGAGUACGGAUGCUGCUUCCGUUGAUCUCAGAGCAAGCAAGGUCCGGCACUGGAGAUGAAAAAGCAAGGAGCCUUGUACUUCUUCUCACUGACAGCAGCACGAGCAGGGGACCUCCGGCGACAGCACACGAGCAGCUGACCUCCGGGCGGCAACACGAGCAGGGGACCAGUAGCAACUUGCAGAGGAGCAGGGGAAAGAGCUCGAGCUUGAGGUCCAGGACGAGCUUGAGGGAGCUCGAGGUCCAGGUCCAGGCGCGCGCAGGUCCUGGCCGGUGGCGGCGCAGAUCCUGGGUGGCGGAAGGGAUAUCGGCCGCGCAGGCCUGGCGGCGGCGGCCCAGGUCCUGGGUGGCGGAGGAGCACGUCCUGCGCAGCGGCGGAGCAAGCAAUUGAGUGGCGCAGGUCCUGGGCGGCGGAGGACCAUGUACUUGGCGGCGGCGGAGCAAGCAAUUGGGUGGCGCAGGACCUGGGCGUCGGAGGAGCACGUCUUGGGCGGUGGCGGAGCAAGCAAUUGGGCUGCGCAGGUCCUGGGCAGCGGAGGAGCAAGCCAUGGGCAGCGCCAGCGUAGGUCCCCGGCGGCGACUUGCCCUGGCGAUGCGCGCGGGUGACGGACAGAGGAAGAAGGAAGGAAAAGGCGACCUGUUUGUAACAGAUUUUAAGCUACGAUGGCGUUUUUGCAAAAUUCGCAGUACACUAAGCUGUGGACAACUUUUUCCGGACGGAGGGAGUACAUAGAUCUUCACAGA